AUGUCUCUCAAGCGGAAGAGAGGAAUGGAGCAGAUAAUCGAUUCCCGGAUCGUCACUUUCGUCAUUGGCAAGGACGACUCGGCUCGCGAGUUCCGUGUACACGAAGGAGCUUUGACCUGCCUCUCAGAGCCUCUUCGAGCCUUGCUUACGGGGGAAAUGCAGGAAUCCCUCGAGGGCAAGGUCAUUUUGGACGACGUCGAACCAGCCACAUUCCUCCACCUUCUGGACUAUGCGUACACCGGCUCCUACCCCAUUCAACUUCUCGAAAUCAAAGAGAACGCCAAGGAAGACAUGAAUGAAGAAGACUCUGAGGAAGAAUAUGACUCAUCUGAGUCACUUCGAACGUGGAUCAAGACCUUGUCAUCCCGCAAGAGCAACAAACGACAUGCAGUGUCAGAUUUUUGCAAACAGCACUUCAGCAAGAACGGUAACAGUGCAGUGACUCUAGCUGGCAAGGAUCUUCCGCCUCUGCAAGAGGACUCAGAAGAGGGCAGUGACGGCACCCAUUCGCAAAUACUUCUCGCAUUGGAUCACCUAAUGGAACCUGCGAAACUUUAUAUUCUCGCCGACAAGUAUCUCAUCGAUGACCUCAAGAGCUUAUGCGUCGAUGAUAUUCGCCAAAAGUUGUACAAUGGAGUUGUGGAAGAUGAUUUACUGACUCAUGUGUGCUCUGUCCUUCGUUUCUUACAUCCGCACACAUUACCUCGAGACAAGCUUCGUAAGCUGCUACUACGUUACUUCAUCGGGGUAUUGGGUUGGAAAAUGAAAAACGAAGACGUUCGAGAAUUGCUCAGCGAAUUCCCGGACUUUGCCGUGGAGCUGCUUUUCAAAAUACCCGAUACUUACUGGGAGGAACUUGUCUAG